AUGUUCCGUGCUUCGCCUGCUACCAUGGCUGCUUUCCGCGCGACCUCGCGCGCCGCUAUCCAGAAGCCGGUGUUCCAGGCUCACGUCGGCCCUUACAAUGCGCAGUACGCCUUCAAGUGGGUCCCCUCGCUCUUCUUCUGGGGUUUCACGGGUGGUGUUUUUGUGACACUUGCUCUUAGCGGUGUCCCGCUGUUCAAGAAGGAUGUUCUGGUGAAGUCGCCGGUGGCUUUCUUCUACGAGGACAAGACACCCGACUGCGAUAAGCCGUUCUAA